CUGUAGGGGCGGCCGGGGGCGGCUGGCGGCUGCCGCACCGGGCCGUAAGGGGCUGUGCCGUGUCCCCCCGGCCCACCCGGCUGGCCCUGCAGGAUGGGCAGUGUUUGCAGCGAGCGGGAGGCAGGCAGGGCUGAGGAUAGCGGCGGCGGCGGAGCAGCUCUACCCGUGGAGCUCUGUCGAGGCUGGAGCGGUGCCAGCGGCUGCAGCCUGGUUAUAAUGGAAGUCUUGACAGGCUUUGAAGCAGAGAUAAAGUGUUCAGAACACUUCGCUGGUGAGAGUCACGGUUCAAUAAGUUGUUAUACAGGAAGAUGGCUCCAAAAAAGAGUAUGAAGUAGUUGGACGUUUUCCAUUAGUUGACCCUUGGUGGAGAGUUAAUGUUAAAGCUAAAAAAAUGGGCUCAAAGUACUUUGUGCAAGGAUAUCCGUCAUAUUUUCUGCGGACUGAUAUAGAAGAAAACAACCGACAAGUGUUUUCACUCUUUCUUAAGGAAUGUGCUGUUCCUGAGGAUUUUAAAGAGAAGUUUCUUACUUGGCUUCCUAUGGAGUCUAUGCUGAGUUUUAGAAAUCUUGAAGAAAAACUAAAACAGUUCCAAGCUUCACGCUUACAGAUGGGGAUUAAACAAAGAGACACCAAGGAUUAUGACGUCUUCUACUAUGUUUCAAAAUCAUUUGCAGGAAAGGCGGUAUUGGUAGCUCUGACUUACCCGAUGAUACUGGAGUUCUUGCCAGUUCUUCUGCCACGGCAUUUUUGCUCUCUGUUGAAUAUGGUGUGUUGGCAAAGAAAGACUGAAGAAAACAUUGGAGCGGAUGAUGAGGAAGAACAUUUUCAAGACAAGAUGCUAACACAGUUGGAUGAGAUACUAAAGAAUGAGCCAUGGAAGCUUGGAUUCAGCAGGAUUACUUAUAGGGAACUGAACCUUUCUUACUGUGAGGCUACGUGGGCUGCCUUCUGUCGGUGUGAACAUCUCCUCUGGAAGAUUCCUGACUUGCAGAAGAAUGCAUUAAUUCUGUAUGAUCAACUCAAGAAGCAGUGCAGAGAAAUGGGACACACUUACGAAGAUCAAGAUGAAUUAGCUCGUUUGGUAUCUAGACAUAUGUCCAUUGAACAUGUUUGGCAAUCUCUUGAAUUUUUGAAAGAUCAGAAUGUGGUGAUUAGGGAGAAAAAACUAGUGUUUCUACCUCAUCUUUACAAAUCUGAAAAAGACAUUGCAAUGUAUAUAGGUGACCUUCUGUUAAACCACUCAUGGAAACUGGAUGUCGAUGUGAGAAAGGUACUUAGUGCUUCUGAAUCAUCAGGAGAAAUGGUAGAUAACAAAAUUAAUUUUACCCAGGCUCAUGAAAUGGAAAAUCUGAAGGAAAAUAGUCCAGACAAUCAUAACUGUGAAAAUCACUUUCCUGAAAAGGAAGUGGGGUUCAUGUGUGGUGGCCAAGGUAAAACAGAGUUAGACUCAGAUCAGGUAAUUGCUCUGGAAAAGAUUUGUUCUAAUCCUGUUACAAUCAUAAGUGGAAAAGGAGGCUGUGGGAAGAGUACAAUAGUUAGCUGCCUUUUUCGUUACUUAAAGCAGAUGGAAAAAGAAGUAGAAGCUGCUUCUAAGGACUUUGAAGAAGACCUGGAUGCAUCUGAGGACUGGAAUAUCUUUGAUAAUCAUUGGGAGUCAGAGAAUAUGUACACAAAAAAACUUUUGAAUGUACUAUUUACUGCACCUACAGGGAGGGCAGCAAGCCUUUUGAGUGAAAAAACUAAGCUUCCUGCAUAUACGCUGCAUCAGAUCAUCUAUAGUUUUAAAUUGUGGAGGCAGAGUGAACAAAUACAGCCGUGGAAGUUUGCUACUGUGACAGUUCUGAUUGUGGAUGAAGGAAGUUUGGUGUCUGUACAUAUUCUUAGUUUAGUUUUAAAAAUCCUGUGUGAGCAUGCUCAGCUUGCAAAACUUAUUAUUCUAGGUGAUACUAGACAGCUACCAAGCAUAGACCCAGGAAACAUGUUAGCUGAUAUUUUUGAGGGUCUAAGAUCAAGAGGCUUUUCUGUGGAACUGCGAACUAAUCACAGAGCUGAAUCUCAACUAAUCGUAGAUAAUGCAUCAAGAAUAUCUCACCGGAAGCUUCCUGAAUUUGAUGAGGUCUUGAAAGUUUCUGGUUGGAAUGAAGAAAUGACAAUGCCAAGCCCGGAGAAGAAAUUCAUUCUUAUUGCUUUGCCUGCUGGAGGGGGUUGUGACAACUUGCAAACUGCCAUAAAGACUUUACUUAAAAAAGGACCAGGACUGCAGGAUGCCAAACAAUCGCAGUUCAUUGCUUUCAGAAGGCAAGACUGCAAUCUAAUAAAUGAACUUUGUUGCCAACACUAUUCAAAUCAUCUAAGCAGAGAUCAUAACAACCGACUUUUAUUUCAAAUUGAUGACAAGAUUUCCUGCACACGAAAUACAUAUCUCAAGGAUCUGUUGCCAGACGGUGGUUUCAGAGAGGAUCCUAAUCACCAUGAAUGCAGAAGUGGAGAAAUCACCUUCACUACAGAGACUGCUGAGGAGGACAAACGACUAUGCAAUGGAGAUAUAUUUUUCAUAACAGGGGAUGUAGAAAUUGAUAAACAGCGCUUAUUGACCAUCAGCAGCACAUGUGGCUCCACAUUCACUGUGAAGUAUAAGGCACUGAGGAAGCUAUGUCACAUAAAACAUGCAUGGGCCAGAACUAUUCACACAUUUCAGGGUUCUGAGGAAAAAACUGUUGUCUAUGUGGUUGGCAAUCCUGGCCGUCAGCACUGGCAGCAUGUGUACACAGCUGUGACCAGAGGACGCUGCCGUGUCUAUGUUGUAUCUGAAGAGCUGCACCUCAGGAGAGCAGUCACUAACAAGAGCAUGCCCAGAAAAACUCGCUUACAGAGAUUUUUGAGAGAGGCAAUGGCAGGAACAAGCAACUGUCCCAAACAAACUUCCUCUCCCCUCUCAAAGAGCUGGCAAAGUCAAGAGCUUGAGACUCAGUCUGUUUCUGUAACUCAAGUUGCUCUUGACCCAUCUGAACCUCUAAGUGAGUUGAUUAAACAGGAAGGGUCAGCAGUUAUCAAUAAAGAAGAUCAGAUGGGCAGUUUGCAGCAAAGUCCAUGUAAAAGGCAACAAACUCUUGCAGAGAAUUCUGAGGAUGCUGUGAAAAUACCCUCUACAACAGUACAAGAUUCCCCACUUGGGUCUUUCAGGCUUAAGAAUCUGACUUUGGGACAACCAACUCCUAGGAAGCUUUUCAAAAGUUAACAGGCAAUUAACUGUCAUUAUGAACCUUUCUUGAAUCCGUUUCGUUCAGGAUUUUUGGAACAGAGAAGCUGGGUAUGCAGAUGAUUUUCAAAGGUUCUCCUGUAUUUGCUUGUUCUAUGAAGAAGCAGCUUGUUUUAAAGUGAACCUUUUAUAUUUUCAGUGAUCUGUUUUUAGUAGGAGAUUCUUCGGGGUGUCAUCAAAAAAUCACAUCAUUCUUUUGUUUUGGUGAAGAAUGAACUUGCAGGUCUUACAGAAUCCAUAUGUUCCCUUAAAAAUGCAUGGGAAUUCUGAUUUUAAAGGCUCUAGUUAUCCAUACCAAGAUUUAUCAGUCUCCUAAUGGCUACAGAAUUGAUGAGAGGCUUUUACUGCUGUGCCAAAACUGCAAUUUGCUUGAGUUAAAAAAUAGUUCUCAAAGGGGACAUUAGAUUUUUCUAAUGUGGCAGAUUUAUGGGUGUGAAGCUUUGAGAGAUUAUGGACUUUCAUCUUGUAAUAAAUAGAACAAGAAAGUGGCAAUCAGUGACACAAAAUUUUCCCCACUUCAUAUGUGAAAGAGAUGUAGACUUGCCAUUGCUGGUUUAGCUAAUAGUUGUAUGCUGGUAAUGACCUUGGUAAGAAAAGCAAAAUUCCAAGCCAGAGUUCAAAUAACGUUCUACUUUUAAUUUUUUUUGGUGUACUGUGUGACCUGUGGCAUUGUAAUUUUUGAGAUUAAUCAAACAUGAGACAAAUUGUACUAAAAUUUGGACAGCUUGCUUCUAACUAUUUUUUUUAACACAUAUGUGUCAUGAGUGAGUGGUUUAGGUUGCUUAAGGAAUCACCAUCAAAGGUAUUGGUGAGAGAGUUUUAGUGUGAAUUUGUGGGAUUGCAACUUCACAAAGUUCAGUGGAAAGGUUCACUUUAUUACUUAUUGCAUAGACAAACCACACAAAGAAGAAUCAAAUUAAAAUUAAGCUGGAAUGAUUUACACAGACCAAGGAUGUGAAGGGGUAAGGGAGACCUUCCUGUUGAGUCACGAGGGUCAGAGUGGACCCCCUUGCUUUCUGAACUCUUAAUAGAGCUUAGGUGCAGCUAGAUCCAAUCUUUGUCUCAGACUUGGACAGCAGUUUAUAUCUAAAGGAUGUCUAAGUUUCAUUGACAGUUUUAAGUUUGAUCGCAAGAUUUUAGCAGCACUUAAUUGUUGGCUAAUUUAUCAUUUACAAAGUAGAUCAAUAGGGUUUAUUGCAAUCAUGACAGUAAUUUGAUUAUGGAUCUGAGGUGGUAACAUUCAUUCUAUACUUGCUAUGAGGUAUUUAAAUCAAUUCACGCAUGCAUGAAGACAGACACAAAGGAAUAGGGGGGUGUGUGUGUGUGUGUAUAUAUAUAUAAAUAAAUGUAUAAAGGCGUACCUGUUAAAAGUUUCCCUGACGCUCAGUGGAAUAUCAGUGCUGAAUGCUUUUGCCUGUCUCCACAGGCAAAGGGUUGAGCCUUAAGGAGCCGGGUACAGGCUCCAUCGUCAGCUUUCAGCAGCGGUCCUCCUGACUUCAAAAUCUUUCUGUUCGCAAGCUCUAAGUGGUGUCCCACUCAGAGGGGAGAUGCUGUUUUGAGCUCUCCUGGACUGCAGCAGGCUGCAAAGAGCCUCACUUAGCACUCCUUUUUAUAGGGUUGGAGAUGGUUUGCUUUAGUCAACAAUAAAUUUCUGUCCUACCCACAAUCAGUCAGUAAUCACUGGAAUUUUCAAAAUUCCAGUGAUGGUGGUACUGUACCACUCAGAUUCAGAUAAGGAAUGCUUCAGGGCUGUCAGAGGGUGUUAUGAUUUGGAUAAAGAAUGUUUCUGGUACAGUCAAUGCUGUUCUCCACCUCAGCCAUGCAAGAGUUGCUGGUAUGGUGCAGGGAUGCUUAACUGCCCAACUUGUCUGUUGUGGUUUAAAGCCAGCUGGUGACUGAGGGCUGUGUAGGGGCUCACUCAUUCCUUCUCUGCACCCCCCGGUUCCUGGUAGGAUAGGAAGGAGAAUCGGAAAAAGGUAAAACUCAUGGGUUAAGAACAAGUUAAUAAUUGAACUGAAGUAAAAUAUAAUUAAAAUAAUAACAACAAUCGUGACAAAGAGGAAUUAAACCGAAUGGGGGGGGAAAAAAAAAAGAAGAAAAAAACACCAAAGCCCAAGUGCUGCACAAUACAGUUACUGAGUGAAGCCCAGCGAGUCCCUGAGCAGUGAUCAGUGGCUCAUGUCAUACUGAGCGUGAUGUUUUAUGGUAUGGAAUAUCCCUUUAGCUAGUGUGGGUCCACUGUCCUAGCUCUGCUCCCUCCUGGCUUCUUGGGCAGCUGCUCGCUGGCAGAGCAUGGGAAACUUGAAAAGCCCUGAACUGGGUAAGCACGACUUAGCAACAACUAUUCUCAACUAUUGUCAACGUUAUCCUCAUACUAAAUUCAAAACACUGUAUGAGCUACUGGGAAGACCAUUAACCCUGUCUCGGCCAGACCCAGGACAUUCUUACACAGAGGCCAAGGCCUAAUGAGGAUUCCUGAGACUGUAGAGCAGCCAAGAUGCACCGCUACAAUAUGGCAGGUAAAAGUGUACUACAAAUAUAAACACUGUAUUUUUUUGCUAAAGCUGUGUACAGAA